UCUCAGAGCCUCUUCCUGUGUGUGGACGUAGCCUGUCAGUCAGAGCUCCGGGACGGAAUGACUCUGUCCAUUCAGUGCUGCUGUUGGAGCUCUCUGCCAAACACAGAAUGGACUGUCAACACAGAAACAUGGCUGCCUCUGCGACGGCCAAGGCGAAUAACAAAGAUAACACUACUACAGACAGUCCGAAACGUCACGGAGAAUCUGUGCCGCAGUCUCGGGAAAUAAUAAAACCCACCAUCAUGGAGCUGACCAAAGAAGUGAGGACGAACAUCCUCUGCACCGUGGAAGGAUGUGGGAAGAUUCUCCCUAACACACCUGCAUUGAACAUGCAUCUCGUCAAAUCGCACAGAAUAAAGGAUGGGAUUGUCAAUCCCACAGUCAGAAAGGACAUGAAGGGCUCUCAGAAGCUUUACUGUUGUCCCAUUGAGGGGUGUCCCAGAGGACCUAACAGACCCUUCUCCCAAUUCUCCCUUGUUAAGCAGCACUUCAUGAAGAUGCAUGCAGAGAAGAAGCAUAAGUGCUCCAAGUGCAACAAUGGCUACAGCACAGAAUGGGACCUGAAGAGGCACAUAGAAGACUGUGGGAAGACCUACCACUGUACAUGUGGCUGCCCCUAUGCUAGUAGAGCUGCACUACUCUCGCACAUCUACAGGACAGGUCAUGAGAUUCCUACAGAACACAGAAUUCCUCCUGUCAAAAAGCGAAAGAUGGAGAAACUGUUAAGUGGUUCUGAAAAGGUUAAGACCAAUGAUCCAACCUUUCCAGUCAUGCCUGCUGCUAAAGAGCUGACAGAGAGUGCUCUCCCUUCUGAUACAACCGUUCUUAUCCCAGACUCAGUGAAUCAGAACUCCAGCAGCCGUAGGAGCCUUCCAAAGUUGCUCCUACCGAAGCCCAAGAUGGCUUUGGUCAGUGUUCCUGUGAUGCAGCUGGCCCACCUCCCUGUCCUUCUUCCAUCUACAGAAAGUGGGGCUCUGAGGUCGGUUGUUCUUGCAGUAGACAGCCAAGGCUCUGUCAGCACCCUUCAACUCCUGCCACAAGCCACAGGAGCAGUGGUACCCCAGCUUGAUGCUAAAAGUUUGGGUUUCAAGGAUAGCAUGCCGAGUUCUCGCUCAAGCCUGGGACCGAUUAGCACAGGGGUGCAGGUCAGCCUGGAUCCUGUUGGUACAGAAGACACAGCCAGCAGCAUGGCAGGACAGAGAGGGAGGAGCACCUCCACCAAUAUUCAGACGGACAAAUCGUACUUGUCAAAAAUGCCUACAGGGGUGGGGGUCGGGGAGGGAAUAGGCUUGUGCUCUAUGGGUGAGUCCUCGGUGUCAUCUUGCUCCCAGACAGACAUCAGUGUUAGUGCCCAAGUCCUCCUGCCAGUCAGUGUCGAAACCCAAACAUUCUUCUCUCGAGCCAAAGCCACAUCUUCUAUCGGAGCUCAGACAGACAGCCAGUGCCUGAACCAAAUUCCUUGCUCCUCCUCAUCUGUUCUCCCAUUCAAAACCAGGCAGACACAGACAUACUUUGCUUUGCCACAAUCAGAGGAGAAGGUUCAACACCAGGCUAUCAUGUGCUCUGACCUAUUUGGCAGUGACUCUCUCAGUGUGUCUACCCAGACAGCUCUGGACAUAGAUGACACUCUUGGUGCUGCAGGAAGCAGUAUAUAUGAGGACUCAAAAUCAGCAAGUAGUAUGUGUUUUGGGGUGCAGACACAUGAGCUCAACACAAACAACAUGGCAGACAACCAGACCCAAACCAUGACUUUGUUGAAUGACCUAGAAAACAUUCUGUCUGACAGCAUGUCAGGCCACCAGGUGCUCACUGAGGCCUCUGCAGGCUGUGGGUCCGGUCUCGGCUCUGUUCAGGAGCAGCACAACGGUAUAGAUUUUGACUUUGAAGAGUUCCUCAGUGCUGUGCACAUCCAGACACAGACGGAGGAGAGUGAGCUCGGAGGACUGGGUGGUGACACGCCGCUAGAGUCUCUGGACAUUCAGACUCAGACAGACUUUCUCCUGAUGGAUGAACUGGACCAAAGCGAGGGACCAGGUCGAACCCAAGCCAGCGACUUGGAGUUAUUUGACACUCAGACUCAGACUGACCUCAAUUUCCUGCUAAAUGCUGGAAGCCACAUGCCCUUGAGCAGCAUCCUACGACAUUCAAGCUUUUCUAUGAGCACAGAGUCCUCAGAUACGGAAACACAAACCGAUCUCCCUUCCUUUGCCACAGGUCUGUCUGCUCAGACUCCUGUCAGUCAAGGUGAGCAAGCAAGACUACUGAACAGCACAGAGACUCAGACUGUGACCAGCCAGGCGGAAGGUCUGGGACAUCUCUUCCUGACCAGCAAUGAAACGCAAACGGUCAUGGAUGACUUCUUGUCUGCAGACCUGGCGUGGAAUAUGGAGUCCCAUUUCAGCUCUGUGGAAACUCAGACAUGUGAGGAGCUUUGUGCUCUCUUUCAACACCCUGAGAAACCCAACAGUUGAAGCCCUCUUAGCAAAGCUUUCUCAGCAUUUGCAGUACAGGUUUCUGAUAUCUGCCUCUACCGAUAGGAGGAAUGAUUCAGCUAUGAUGUCCUCCGGCGGACCGUAGUCUUAGCAGUAAGAAGUCUGCGAAAAUGUUUCAACCAUUCCACUGGGGGUGUCAUGUCCAGAGCCUUUCCAGGUGUUUAUCCUGACAGCUUUGCUGCACUUUAUUAGCUCAACGGGCAUGAUUUAUCAGCUCCUGUGACAGUUUACAUAUUUAUUUGCACAUAAAGUAACAUUGUACGUGUCUUGUCUGAAAUGCCAGUUUGCUCGUAUAUUUCAGUGUGUAACCACUGUGACUGGUUUUCACUCUUUGGUCUUACUAGCAGUAUAAAAAUAACAUUUCUGAAAAUAUCAGAGCCACAUUUGAAAGGGAGAACACCUUUAGCUGUAUGAGGCUGUCAUGAAAAGGCUUUCAAAAGUGUCUAACAACUUUCAAAACAAUCACGUCUGGGCUGUACAGUAAACAACAUUGUACAUUUAGUUUAUGUAUUUCUGAAAUGUGCAUGAAGUCUUCUUGUGGUCAGCAGCACAGAACAUAAAAUAUCAACUCUGUGCUUGUGCAUCUGAUGGCUGCCUCUUUAAUGUUUUCUUAUCAGCGUCGACAAAAAUCUAAACUCUGAAUUACAUCUUGUAAGCUUUGCAGCCAAUGGAAAACAUCACUAGAGAAGCAGCUUGGUUUUUCAAAAUAAAACCCCGUAAAGCCUUCCAACGAUGAACAAGGCGUUGCUUGAAGUUGCUGAGAUGUAUCUGAAAUAUACUGUUACCCAUAGAGAUGUGGCACAAGUAAAAAUGAAAUGUCUGUUUGUCUCAUUUUGCACACCUUUCAUUGAAAUUGAAAUGUGAUUGUGAAGUCUGAUGUUGUGUAAACAUUUUGUGUCUAGGCUUCUAUAGCCGAGCAGUCCGUUCAAGUCAGUCAGCAGGUGAGACUGUCAGCGUUUUUGACUUAUUCAUUAGCUGAGUGUAAGUGUAUACAAUAGCAGUACUCUGUCCCAGUAACGUUGCUGUACAGAAACAGUGAAUUAGAUCUAGGAUUACCACAGAGUUAUUGUAUGUAUUCACAACCCUAUUUUGACUGAAAGGAGUCCUGUUGAAUAGCAGAUGUUUGACACGUAACAUUUGGGCACAAUAUUUUUUGUUUUCCAUGUUCUCUCUCUUUAAGUGGCUAAAUUUCAUAUUUUGAUUGUGUUUUUCAUUCAUUUUCAUUUGUUGGACUCACUUACCUCAUUGGCCCCACAGACACAUUGUGUUCUACUCGGGAACAUGGAGCUAUGGGCCUUUUUUAUUUGUUCAUGUUGUUGCGCUGGUGCCUUAACCCAAGUAUUAACUUGAGUUCUGUUACAGUUCAUUUGCUGCUUUAAAAUAAUGAUCAUAUUUAUAUUAGGAUGCGUUUUAGAAAAACGAAUAAACACUAAAUAAUUGUCAGAAUCCUUUCAGUCUUUGCAUGUGAAAUCCGUUCUCUAUUGAUGUUUUCAGUGUGGUUGCAUGAAAUACUGGAAUGUCCCUGUUCAUUUCUCUAUUUCUUUGUGCUAUUCUGUCACAUGAAAAUCAUGCUAUGCAGCAUUUUACUGGAGAGAAUGACUUUGAUUCCAUCUCAAUAUUUUUAUUGACAGGUGGUUGAUGCGGUUCCAGUUAUUAGAUGUUUGUGGAAACUGAAGAAUGUACAGAACAUGACACUGUGCCCAAAUAUAGCACACUCAUUAUUUUGACACCAUAUCCAACUCGUUUAUGGAUAUUAAGGUGUUCAUAACACAUUGACAUGUUAAAUUUCAACUUUUCUUGUUUUCAGAUCAGUACUUCUAGUUUGUGAUUCUCGAAUUGACAUCUAGCAUAGCUGCUCCCUCCAGGUUCAGUGGAACGGGGAAAUGCCUUGCUGUUAACAGAACCAUGUGUAGGCGCUUUGUCGGUCUCAAAUGCCAGUUACAGUGCUUUAUUUUGUCCCUGUGGGGAGUGCAUGCAGAUAUUUGUUUCUUGCAGAAUUUGACUUUCUGUUGCCUAUAUGUGUAGAGGUAAUGGUUGCCUUGAUUAAUUGUUGUAGCUACAGUACACUACAGAUGUUAAUAAACCGCUGGAAAGUAUAAA